AUGAAACCUCCAGACCCUCCUAUGGCCCACAGGAAGAUGAAACCCCCAAUCCUCCCUGCGGCCCACAGGGAUAUGAAACCCCCAAUCCCCCCUGCGGCCCACAGGGAGAUGAAACCCCCAAUCCCCCCUGCGGCCCACAGGGAUAUGAAACCCCAAAUCCCCCCUGCGGCCCACAGGGAGAGGAAAUCCCCAAUCCCUCCUAAGGCCCACAGGGAGAUGAAUCCCCCCAAUCCCUCCUACGGCCCACAGGGAGAUGAAACCCCCAAUCCCCCCUACGGCCCACAGGGAGAUGAACCCCCUAAUCCUCCCUACGGCCCACAAGGAGAUGAACCCCCCAAUCCCUCCUACGGCCCACAGGGAGAUGAAACCUCCAGACCCUCCUAUGGCCCACAGGGAGAUGAAACCCCCAGGCCCUCCUGCGGCCCACAGGGAGAUGAAACCCCCAAUCCCCCCUACGGCCCACAGGGAGAUGAACCCCCUAAUCCUCCCUACGGCCCACAGAAAGAUGAAACCCCCAAUCACCCCUACGGCCCACAGGAAGAUGAAACCCCUAAUCCUCCCUACGGCCCACAGGGAGAUGAAUCCCCCCAACCCCCCCUGCGGCCCACAGGGAGAUGGGGGAGAAGAACAACUCCAUGUUAUAGGCCAAGGGAGGAUUAA